AUGGUGGCGGAUCUCUCGGCCGCGCGUUGCGGGGGAACGCGGGCGCUCGCCCGGCCCGCCUCGGAGCAGUCGAGCGGCCUCCGCGGGCCAGAGCGGCCUGGCGCGGCCGUGUGCGCCCCCUGGCGCGGGAGGAGCGCCCAGCGAGACCGGCGGCGGCAGCCCGCAGGCCCACUUCCGCGGAGGCUGUGGGCGGCCGCCCGGCCGGCGCGGAAGGUCGGGGCCGCGGGACUCGGGCACGCAGGCCUGGCCGCAGUAGCAGGCCCACUGGCUUAUGGUGCAGAUGUGGUUAAAUCCAAGAAUCACACCACCAACCAAUCCUGAAAAUGGCACAGAAAUGGCAUCAAGAAACCCCAAUCAAAAAGACAUGAAUCUCUUAAUCGGGUAGACUCCAAAUUCCUGAGAAAUAUGCAUUUUGCCAAGAAGCACAACAAGAAGGGCCUGAAAAAGACACAGGUAAACAAGGCCAAGGCCAUGAGUGCACAGCCUGAGGCUGUCAAGGCCCUGGUAAAGCCUGAGAAGGUGAAGCCCAAGAUGCCAAAGGGUGCCAGCCACAAGCUUGAUUCCCUUGCCUUGCUUGCCCACCCUAAGCAUGGGAAGCAUGCUAAUGCCUACCUGCUCAGGGAGUACAGGCUCUGCUGGCCAAAGGCCCAAGCCCAAGCCAAGACCCAGGCUGCAACUCCAGCUCCAGUAUCGGCUCCGGCUCCUACUCCCGCUCCAAAGGGUGCUCAGGUUCCCACAGAGGCUCCACAAUGGUUCAUUCUUCUGUUGAUGGACAUCUGA